UUUUUUUUUUUUUUUUGUGGGUGUGAGUAUGCCCCUGCAGCAACAGCACGCAUAAUAGAAGAACGCACGCACACACAUCCCAGACAAAAAGGACUCUCUCCCAAAGAGCUGCGCUGUGCUGUGUCCGUCGAUCCAAGCAAAAAGGCAAAAGAGAAAGGACUGCUCUGCUCACUGCUCUUUCUUUCUUUCUUUCUUUUAACCCACACGACCCCUAUUUUGCUUUUGCUCCUUCUUUUUCACUUGUAUUCUUGUUCCUUAAUUUCUCUCUCUCUCUUUACCUUCUUUACCUUCUUUCAUCCCACAUCUAACCUCUUUCUUUCCCUCGUUUCGUUCCUUUCCUUGUCAAGAAAGAAGAAGAAGAAAAAAGAAGCUAUCGUGUAUUUUUUAUAUAUGGAUUCAGUGGAGAAGCAGCCAAGAACAACCUCAUCCUCCACAUUGUUUGAUUCCAGUACCACAACCACAACCACAACCACCAGCAACAGCAACAGCAGCAACAUGUACAACAACGGAGGAGCUGGUGUUCAUCCACUUCACGAAAUACGUCGUCCAUCGCCGUCGUUGCCAUCGUCUGAUACCUUGUCACAAACAUCCAACAACAACAAUGAAGAAGAAGAAUCCGGUCUCUGCUCCGUCUUUGAAAAGCUGAAAACGGAAGACCAGCGAAGAAAUUCUUCGCCGGGUGCAAAACAUGGUGAUGAUAGGGUCAAAACUGCAGCGCAUAGAUCCAUGAGUGUCGAUGUUGGAUCAGUCCAUCACAACCAUCACCCUCGUCAGCACCCUCACCACCACCAGCAUAAACUGCCUUCGUCUGCGUCUUCUUCCUCAACAACAAGGGCUAGCGGUAAUAGCAGUACGAAUGGAAACAAUGUGCCUACGUCAACAAGCAUUCAGGAUCUCCUGUCCAAGAAUCUCCUCUUUGACGGCGGCGAUCCUCACAAAACUGCUGGUAAAUGGGAGAGGGGGGCCACUGAUAAUAAAAUGGCGUUUGUGUGUGUGUGUGUGUGUAUAUAUAUAUAUUGAGUGAGUUGUGGAAGAAGGACAAAAAAAAGGGGUGGGGGUGAGGGUCAGGUUGGAACGAGAGAGAGAGAGAGAGACAGCACGCACUACCUACCAAACAAGCUAAAAAAAAUUUCUACUCAUCCGUUG